UUCAAUAAAUGGAAAGUAACAAUGAAUUAUUAUACUUGUUGUAGAAGAAUCGCCACCUUUCACAUUUAUGAUACACACGAGAAUACUCUUCCCAAUUGCAUAUACAUACCCCAUAUGUAAUAUGUUUUUUGUAUUCUCUUGUAAGAUCCUUUGAUGCCCACCACCUGUUUGAUCAAAUUCCCCUAAAAGCGAAAAAAGCUCUUCUCUCACUCUCUUGCCUCUUUUGAUUUGUAUAAAAAUGGGUUGCCUUUUGUUGGACUGACGGUUUUUCCUCCUUCUCCAUUCAAAAGUAGUCUCUUCUGUCAUAUUCGUGGAGAGACAGAGAGUUUGUCUGAUUUGAUUGUCGUUAUGACUAGUCCGAAGAGAAACAAGGCGAAGAUCGUCAAUGGUCCUGGUGGUUAUAUACUACAUGACGUUCCUCAUCUCAUUGAUUAUCUUCCUGAUCUUCCUACAUAUCCGAAUCCAUUACAAGACAAUCCAGCUUACUCAGUUGUUAAGCAAUACUUUGUUGAUGCAGAUGAUAGUGUUCCUGAGAAGAUUGUAGUGCACAAGGAUGGUCCAAGAGGAAUCCAUUUCAGACGCGCCGGUCCACGCCAAAAGGUUUACUUCGACUCCGACGAAGUCCACGCUUGCAUUGUCACAUGUGGAGGUCUAUGUCCCGGUCUCAACACCGUCAUCAGAGAAAUCGUCAGCAGCUUAUCAUGCAUGUACGGUGUAAACAGAAUCCUCGGAAUCGAUGGUGGAUACAGAGGAUUCUACGCCAAGAACACUAUCCCCUUAGACUCCAAAGUCGUCAACGACAUCCACAAACGCGGAGGAACAAUCCUCGGGACCUCUCGAGGUGGACAUGAUACCGCGAAGAUAGUUGAUAGCAUCCAAGACCGAGGAAUCAAUCAGGUUUACAUUAUUGGCGGAGACGGAACACAGAGAGGAGCUUCAGUAAUCUUUGAGGAGAUUAGAAGGCGAGGACUCAAAGUUGCUGUGGUUGGAAUCCCGAAGACAAUCGAUAACGAUAUACCGGUGAUAGAUAGAUCUUUUGGGUUUGAUACUGCCGUGGAGGAAGCUCAGAGAGCUAUCAACGCAGCACAUGUUGAAGCCGAGAGUAAUGAGAAUGGUAUCGGUUUUGUUAAGCUUAUGGGUCGUUACAGUGGAUUCAUAGCGAUGUAUGCUACAUUAGCAAGCAGAGAUGUGGAUUGCUGUUUGAUUCCGGAGUCACCGUUUUACCUUGAAGGAGAAGGUGGACUGUUGGAGUUUAUAGAGAGACGGCUUAAGGAGAAUGGUCACAUGGUGAUUGUUCUUGCUGAAGGAGCGGGACAAGACUUGAUGUCCAAAAGCAUGGAGUCUAAUACUCUUGAGGAUGCGUCUGGUAACAAGCUUCUUAAAGAUGUUGGCUUGUGGCUAUCACAAAGCAUCAAGGAUCAUUUUAAGAAGAAUAAUAUGGUGAUGAAUCUCAAAUACAUAGAUCCUACAUACAUGAUUCGGGCUGUUCCAAGCAAUGCAUCAGACAAUGUUUACUGUACACUUCUUGCUCAAAGUGCGGUUCACGGUGCAAUGGCUGGAUACACUGGCUACACAAGUGGUCUUGUCAAUGGAAGACAGACAUACAUCCCUUACUACAGAAUAACAGAGAAACAGAACCAUGUGGUGAUUACUGAUAGAAUGUGGGCAAGGCUGUUGUCUUCUACAAAUCAGCCAAGCUUCUUGGGCACUAAGGAUAUACCUGAGGAGAAGAAAGAGCUUCCGGUGACGCCACUUCCUGACGGCGAAAAGUGUGACGCAGUUGUGGAUAUUCCUCCGGUGACUAAAGAGGUCACCAAGUGAAAGUAAAAAAAGCUUUCAGGUAUAUAUAUAUUCAGGCCUUUCUGGAAACGAAAGUGAAAUGAUUAUUUCUUGCGACGGUUUUGCUCCAGUAGGAAACACAACUUUUUUGUUUCUUUUAGAUGUUUAGUUUUGUAACAUCUUUUUGCACCUUUCAUAUCUUAUGGUUAUGAAGG